AUGGAGGAGCAGGGAGUUCAGUGCGCCCCGCCGCCUCCUGCCUCCUCCCAGACAGGGGUACCUCUUGUCAACCUCUCACACAACUGCAGCGCCGACAGCUACAUUUACCAGGACUCCAUCGCCAUGCCCUGGAAAGUCCUGCUGGCUGCACUGCUGGCUCUCAUCACCUUGGCCACCACGCUCUCCAACGCCUUUGUGAUCGCCACGGUAUAUCGGACCCGGAAGCUGCACACCCCGGCUAACUACCUGAUUGCCUCUCUGGCAGUCACUGACCUGCUGGUAUCCAUCCUGGUGAUGCCCAUCAGCACCAUGUACACGGUCACUGGACGCUGGACACUAGGCCAGGUGGUCUGUGACUUCUGGCUGUCGUCGGAUAUCACCUGUUGCACUGCUUCCAUUAUGCAUCUCUGUGUCAUCGCCCUGGACCGCUACUGGGCCAUCACUGAUGCGGUGGAGUAUUCCGCUAAAAGGACUCCCAGAAGGGCGGCCAUCAUGAUAACGCUGGUGUGGGUCUUCUCCAUCUGUAUUUCGCUGCCACCCUUCUUCUGGCGUCAAGCCAAAGCUGAGGAGGAGGUGCUGGACUGCUUGGUGAACACCGACCACGUCCUCUACACAGUCUACUCUACGGUGGGCGCUUUCUAUUUACCCACCCUGCUCCUCAUCGCCCUCUAUGGCCGCAUCUAUGUGGAAGCCCGCUCUAGGAUUUUGAAACAGACACCCAACAAGACCGGCAAGCGCUUGACCCGAGCCCAACUGAUAACAGACUCCCCUGGGUCCACGUCCUCGGUCACCUCUAUUAACUCCCGGGCUCCCGACGUGCCCAGUGAGUCCGGGUCUCCAGUGUACGUGAACCAAGUCAAAGUGCGAGUCUCAGACGCCCUGCUGGAAAAGAAGAAGCUCAUGGCCGCUAGGGAGCGCAAAGCCACCAAGACCCUGGGGAUCAUUUUAGGAGCAUUUAUUGUGUGCUGGCUGCCCUUUUUCAUCAUCUCCCUGGUGAUGCCUAUCUGCAAGGAUGCCUGCUGGUUUCACAUGGCCAUCUUUGACUUCUUCAAUUGGCUAGGCUAUCUUAACUCCCUCAUCAACCCCAUCAUCUACACUAUGUCUAACGAGGACUUCAAACAAGCAUUCCAUAAACUGAUACGCUUUAAGUGUACAGGUUGA